CUAGGCCUACAGUGUUGCUGUGCGGAAUCGAAAUUUCUAUUUGAAGCUCUUCGCUGCUAUAAACCCUAAUUUGAUUCUUGCAAGUUGCAAUGGGUUGUGGUUCUUCUCGUCUGGAUAGGACUUCUGGGCGGUUGAAUGGACUUAACAAUUCAGAGAAUGCUAGUGCGCACGAUGCUAAAAAUCUUCGUGUGAAGCUGGUUCUAUUAGGUGAUUCAGGUGUUGGUAAAAGUUGCAUUGUUCUUCGCUUUGUUCGUGGGCAGUUUGAUCCAACAUCCAAGGUGACUGUUGGAGCUUCGUUCUUGUCUCAGACAAUAGCUUUGCAAGAUUCUACAACCGUGAAGUUUGAGAUAUGGGACACUGCUGGACAAGAGAGGUAUGCAGCAUUGGCUCCACUAUAUUACCGAGGAGCUGGAGUUGCAGUUAUUGUCUAUGAUAUAACAAGCCCUGAGUCAUUCACUAAGGCACAGUAUUGGGUCAAGGAACUACAAAAACAUGGGAGCCCGGAUAUAGUCAUGGCAUUGGUUGGGAACAAAGCUGAUCUUCAUGAGAAGAGAGAAGUACCUGCUCAGGAUGGCAUUGACUAUGCUGAGAAGAAUGGAAUGUUCUUUAUUGAGACAUCUGCAAAGACAGCUGAUAAUAUAAAUGAGCUGUUUGAGGAAAUUGCUAAGCGACUUCCCCGCCCCUCUCAAGUCCAACCUUCUCAACCGGCCUCAUGAUUGGUGGCCAUUGAGACUGGAUUAAUCAGACAGCUUCCAAUAUUACUAGAAUUGCCUGUUAUGACGUCAAUACUGUGAAUAUUGUUGUGUAUUUUAGUGUUUCCCCUAUUCUGUGAGUGUAAUUCUGAGUCUGAUUCAUAUAUUUCAGAUUUUAAUAUCAUGACACAAAUCAUACUUCUCCAUUUGAAUUGUAGUAUGAUGUCUCAAGAAAUGUUACAUAUAUUU